CUGCUUGGAAACUUACUUCUGCUUUAUAAGAAUCUGUAAUGGUUUCUUCCUACUCCAUUACUUUGCAAUUUCUCUCCGUUUUUGUACCUUCCAUGAGCAAUUUUCCCAUAUUUUUCUCUGUUCUCUUGUGUUUCUCCACUCUAGUAUCAUCCCAACUCAAUGAACUCUUUUUUCCAGGAUUCAAAGAUUUUAGCACCAACAUAACCUUACGUCAAGCUGCAAUAAUCGAGAAAAAUGGCAUUCUUCACCUAACAAAAAAUUCCGGUCUUACAGAAGGUCAAGCCUUCUAUCGCUCGCCGAUCCAGUUCAAGAACUCCACAAAUCAACAAGUCUUUAAUUUCUCAUCCACAUUUGUUCCAGGUAUCGUCUCUCACCUUCCAGAUUUUGGUGGCCUCGCCUUCACCAUAUCACCAUCUAUUGAACUCAGUGGUUUACCAAGUCAGUAUCUAGGACUCCUUAAUUCAACCAAUGAUGGAAACUUCAGAAAUCAUUUAGUUGCCGUUGAGUUUGAUACAGUUCAAGAUUUUGAGUUUGGAGAUAUCGACGGCAACCAUGUUGGCAUCGACAUCAACAGCUUGAUUUCGAAUAAAUCUUCAACUGCAGCAUACUUGGAUAACAGUUCAACCAUACAAAACUUGAGUCUCAAGACUGGAAAGCCAAUCUUGGCAUGGAUCGACUACGAUGCAUCUGAAAAUUUACUAAAUGUCACCAUCUGUCCAAACUAUCCCAGACCAAGAUUGCCCUUAUUGUCUUAUAAAGUAAAUCUUUCACCCAUCUUUCAUGAGUUCAUGUAUAUUGGCUUCACUGCUGCAACAGGUAGGCUUUCUAGUUCUCAUUAUAUUUCAGGGUGGAGUUUUAAAAUCAAUGGAGAAGCUGGAGCUCCUGAUCUCUCUUCUCUUCCUUCAAUUCCUCAGAAAAAGAAAAAGCGGACAGGUUUGACAAUUGACCUUCGAAUACUAAAUUAUAGUAGAUAGACUUAAAAGCCCUUGGAAAAACAAUUGUGUUUGAAAAAAAAUCAAAAUUAUAAUUUAUGUAACUUACUAUAUAUAUAUAUAGACAUGAUAAAUAUAGGUCGGGUAAAAAAAUUCAACAAGUUUGAUCUCACAUGUUCGUUCAAAGUUCAAACCACCCUUUCGAAAAUGGCCGAUUGAAACUAUAUUCGUUUUUAAUUGAUAUGACACACUAGUAUAGUGACAAUUACAAAAAAAUAAAAUAAAAAUGGUCAAAAAAAUGGAUGAAGACAUUAUUAGUAAAUGAUUUCACUAUUGAGUGCUGCAGUUCCGAAGAUAUUGAAAUGGACGGGGACUUCACUUGCUAUAGUGGUUGGCUUGAUCGUUAUACUCGUCUUGGCUAUUUUUUUCUGUAUUAGAUGGAGAAAAUUUCGUCUAGAAGGUAAUGAAAAGCAGAUAUUAUGAUUAUAUAUUUUACUGAAUGUCAGCUGAUCCAACUUUGUCUCGUUAAUUUCCAAACAGCAAAGUUUCUAUUUGAUUUAAUGAGUGAAGCAAAGGAGCUUGAAAUUGAUGGAAAGAAAGGCUUCAACUUGAAAGUAUUUAGAGUGUCAUCCAUUAUGUUAGCUACAAAUAACUUCUCGUCUAAAAGUAAACUCGGAGAGGGUAGUUAUGGACCAGUUU